AACCCGCUGCCCGUGGCCGUCUCCAGCCGCGGCAACGCGGAGGCCCUGGUCGCGCUGCUGGUGCUCGCCACCCUCUACUUCCUGGAGGGGGGGAGCGUAGGGAAGGCUGCGGUGUGCUACGGGCUGGCGGUGCACGUGAAAAUAUACCCGCUGAGCUACGCGCUGCCCAUAGCACUCCACCUGCAGAGCGGGCCCUGCGGCCGGCGCGGGGCUGGGGGCACCGCGGGGGGCCGAAGGGCCGAGUUCACGUUUCUAGGGUACCUCUGGCAGCUGCUUGUAAAGAUGCUGAGCCGCGACGUGCUGCUCUUUGGGACGGUGGCUGGAGCUGUGCUGGCUGCCCUGACUGUUGCGUUUUACCACCUCUACCUGGGGGGGUUUUGGGGCUGGGAGUUUUUGGAGCAUGCCUACCUCUACCACCUCACCAGGAGGGAUAUCCGACACAACUUCUCUCCCUACUUCUACAUGUUGUACUUGACUGCAGAGAGCGAAUGGAGUUUUGCCCUGGGGCUCGCAGCUUUCCUGCCCCAGCUGCUUUUGCUCCUGGUUGCGUCCGUAGCGUUUUACAGAGAUCUUGCUUUCUGUUGUUUCCUCCACACUGCUAUUUUUGUGAGUUUUAACAAAGUGUGCACGUCCCAGUACUUCGUCUGGUAUCUCUGCCUUUUGCCCCUCGUAAUGCCUAGUGUUAAGAUGUCCUGGCGGCGUGGCGUGCUGCUUCUCUUCCUGUGGUUUGUUGGACAAGGCCUGUGGCUCGCUCCCGCGUACUUUCUGGAGUUCAAAGGAUGUAACACUUUUUUACUUGUAUGGUUGGCAAGCUUGCUUUUCCUUUUUAUUAAUAGCCUCAUAAUUGUUCAGAUUAUUUCACAUUACCAAAAUGAUGCGCAAGGUGCAAAAAAACUCAAACAGAAGUAA